ACGGACUGUGGUUGUCACAGGUUUGUUUUUGCUGUUUAUCGCUUAUUGUUGCAAUUCUAUGCGAUUUUAGGAACGGUUGAAGUGGAGGAAAAGUUGCAGGGAUGACAGCUGCACAGCCCUUAAUGGCGUCAGGCUGUUCGGCGCGGCAGUUUGGGAUUGAAAGAAGGGCUUUGUCUGAUCCUUAAACAGUCCAUUUUCCUGUUUACUGCCAAAAUAAAGGCUAAUCGCUCAGAUAGAAUUAUCUUAUUUAUUUGCUUAAGGGCUGCAUAAAACCACAAAGCGGAAGAGAAAUACACACUGUGAUGUUAUUAUUUAUGUAAAUAUGUGUAUAUUUUUCAGACAUCACUUAAUUUGUGUUGUGUCAGCUCUAUUAUAAUCUUUCAAAAUUAAUAGAACAAAAUACAUUCAUUAUUACAAAUAACGUUGCUCUUAAUUUUACCAAUGUACCUGUAGUAUAAUAAAAAAGGUAGUCAAAACUACAGUAAAUUAGUUUAGCAACAAUUAAUUUAAUUGAGUUUAGUUAAUAUUACAAGGUAAUUGUAGCCUUAACUUUGGAUUUGUUCUUCUUAGUUGUUUAAUGUUGACAGUUUAAUUCUCUGUCAAACUGUUACUGUCAUUCUCAACAUCUAGCUAUGGUUUUAUUGUAGAUGUAUUCAUAAACCACCAUAGACUUCUCAUAUUUAACUUUUGAUACCUGCCUAAAGUAGUUACUGUAUGCAAAUCUGUUGUCUUUCCUGUUAUAUACUUGUAAUAAAUGCUGAACAAAAACUGUUCAUUGUAACAGCAGUCUGAAUCAGAUUCAGUGUAAUUUUGUAGACAACAUGCUUUGUAUUGCCAUUCAUUGAAUAGCAGAAUGAAGAAUAAUUAUUGUAACAUUCAUUAAUAGUUUAUCAUUUAUAAUACAUCUUCAUUCAUUACAGUAUAUGUAAGAUUCUGUUCCCAUAAAGAACAAACUUUGAAACUUCACUCUUCCCUUUUAAUAUUCUGAUUUUUUAAAGUUGUUGAACUGUACAUUUAGCAGAAGUAAGUAUGGCGGUGAUUUUCUAUUCUCAGACACAAAGGAGUGUAGAAACCCAAGGACCCAUCUGAUAGAAGAUGUGUAGAUUGCCUGGGAACGGCACAGUCACAAUAGCGGACUGGCUGGCAGCUGCUGGCCCCUCACUCUGCUCCUUUUCAGCAGCCUGUCAGACAGACUGAUCCUUUCUCCACCCAGCCCCCAGGGACCUGCUGACCCAGGCACGGGAGGUGGAGGGGGAAUCAGUUGUAGAUCCCUAUAUAAACAAGAUAGAGUGAACAUCCAUCAUCUUCCCAGAUAGUUUCCUGUGGGUUCUACCAGGUAGUGUAUGAAAGAAGGAGCCACAAUUUUUGUUUGCUCAAAAGAUUUCUUCACUGUAAAGAAAUAGUGACACCAAUGGAUGGGGGUCUGUAGGGGUUUCGCAUAAGAAAAAUAAAUCUAAAACUCAAAAUAUUAUGAUAUAUCUGAUGUGUUUAUCACAUUUGAGCUUUAAAAUUGCAAAAGCGUGAUUCUGCAAAGAGUAAAAAUCUUUAUCGGUUGCAGUUGAGCAUCCCAAAUAACUGACAUCUUUUGUAGGUUUUGGGCCAUUUGGAGAGCACACCGUCAAUGCCAGCUGGGUAGCAGUUCAGGAACUGAAGAAGCUCGGACUGGGCAGUGGUGUGGACUUGAAUGUGUAUGAGGUUCCUGUGGAGUACCAGACAGUCCAGAGUUUGGUUCCAUCACUAUGGAAGCAGUAUCAUCCACAGCUGGUCGUUCAUGUCGGAGUCUCUGGAAUGGCCACCACUGUUACACUGGAGAAGUGUGGGAGAAAUCAUGGCUACAAGGGCUUGGACAACAGCAGCUUUUGUCCAGAUACACAGUGUUGCAUUGUUGGCGGCCCGGACUGUAUCAAUUCGGUUAUUGACAUGGAAUCGGUCUGCAAGAGAGUGACCGCGUCGGGAUUGGGAGUUGCUGUCUCUGUCUCAAAGGAUGCCGGAAGAUAUCUGUGUGAUUUCACCUACUACACAUCGCUUUACUUAAGCCACGGCCGCUCUGCCUUUGUUCACGUGCCUCCUCUCGGAAAGCCUUACAGCGGGGAAGACCUGGGACGCGCUCUGCAGGCCAUCAUCCGGGAGAUGCUGGAGCUUCUGGACCAGGCAGAAGAGAAGAUCCAGUGCCAGCAACACAUCCACUAAGUGCCCUUCAGAUGCCAGCCAGCCUCCCCAGCCCUCGCCACAUCAGAGACAUUGCACUUGACCACAAGUAGCCAAGCUUCCUCUUUAAAACCAAGUCUUUACAUGGACAUACUGACACUUCUGAGAUUAGGUUUGUUCUUCAACGCUUGUUUGGUUGUUUUUUCUAUUAAUCUGUGUUUUUGCUAGACCUGAUUGUUUAUGUUUUCAUGUCCCCCAACGGUGACCACAUAAAUUGGGAGUGUCAACUGACAACAGUGAACUGAAUUCUAGGCUUUUUUCCCCACUUCAAAGGAGCUGAAACCUGAAGACUUCUGAGUUUGAAACAUGGUUUAAAAAACUUAGAAAGCAAAGCAAAGAUCUGCUUACACGUGUUCACAUACGAUAUGUUAAUUGCUCCUCUUCAGCAAUGGAGUCAUUUGUUGUUCUUCACCCCAAAUAUGUCCUCUCUUCAUGCACCUUAUAGGGUUAGGGUAAUCCAGAGAGUUGUAGAGGAUGUGUCUUGGUGGAAAAUGUAGAAUCUAAGCGCUAGUUCUGCAGAAAGUCUCUUAAUUUUUCAAUUUGAGCUGUUGCUCCAUCAUGAUAUAUUUUGGUUAGCAGCUGUUUAAAUCUACGUGACAGUUGUCAAUGUACAUUAUGUUAAGAGAACAAAAGAUUAGUUGUGAACAAUUUGCUCAUUUCACUUUCCUUCUAAUGUUUUUUUUCUUUCCCAGCUGUCCUUAGCCUUUCACACUGAAUUGUUUCUCAAGUCCUUUUUCUUUAUAAGAAGUUGUAAAUUAUGCCUUCUUUUACAAAGGUUAUUUAAAUCAGGGAACGGGUUGGUUCCAGCUCAUACUUCCCCAGUUAUUUUGGCCCAGUUCUGACGGAAAAACAAGAACAAAAAAAAUUACCUCUCACCCAUUGAGAUCUGGCCUCGGGCUGUGCAAUGUUAAUUUACAGAUCUCGUUUACUGCUUAACGCGGGACAUUUCCUCCAUUGUUUAGUUAUAGCUGCACAACUGUUUAAAAGACUUAUGGCCUUCAAGUCCUAACUCCAGACAUUUUAUGGCUGCAUGAAAUGAGAGACUUAUUUUGGGGACAAAUGUACAAUCUAAACUGCCUAUAAAUUUUUUUGAUACUGUGGUAAUGUUAUUUUAUUACAGCUACUUGAAGGGGAAAUUCUACAAUCAAAGUCUAAGGUGCAGGAUUCCAGGAAGGUGAACUGCUUUGAGCUUCAUAUUAAGCCACUGAUGUGUGGAGAUGACUAAUGUAUAUGUAUCUCAAAGAUAUUGCAUCAGAAAUAUGCAAUUCAAAACCAAAUUUAAACUUCUAGGCUUUCUUUUAGAGCUGUGCAGUUAUAACUCACUCAUCAAAGCUUCCUGAUAUGCUCUUCACUGAACUGAAAUGUUCGAUAUGGUAAUGUGAAAAGUCCAUUUCAUGAAGUUUAACUCCCGAGAUUGGUCAGAGUUGGGCUUUGAUUGAAUUUUUCUUUUCUUUUUUGAUUUCUGUUGCACUUUCUGUUUUUAUGUCAGUUUUACUAAAUCUGGAACUUCUAAAUGUGAAUGGUUGCAUUUUACGUUUUUAUUUUCAGUCACUUUAACUUGAAACAUGUAGCUUUGUAGACAUAUGCGCAUCCAUUUUUAACACUUUUCUCCCAACUAUCAUGUUGUAUGUGAUUUUUUCUUUGUUGGUGAGCUUAUUUUCAUUUUUCACUUUUUUUCUAACCUGUAACUCAAACAGUAGCAGAUUCCAUCAUGUGAUAGUGACACUCAAAGCUGUAAAUCUGCCAUUUUUUAUUGGGUUGUCUUCUGUUUUACUGUGUAGACCAGAGUCUCACCUGACUACUGAGCUGUUAGGACAGCCUAUGUCACCUAACACUGCUUCAGGUUUGACUGGAGCUGGAAAUAGUUUUAGAAUAACCUGUAAUAAUUGAAUAACCUAUUUACUACACCACACACAGUUACAGUUUUCCACUGUUCUGGCAAACCCUGUCUAAAGAGUAUAAUAUUGCAUCCUGUGUUUUGCAAGUUGAUGCCACAGUUUAAGUGAAUUCUCAUUUUCAAACGGUGUAUUUCCUGCAUUUCAACAAGUUCUGUAACAUGCUGCACAACCUAAAAUGUCUUAUAAUCUUUAAAUUUUAGCAUCUUGGUUAAAUGUUUUAGAAAUCUUGAGUUAUUAAACCGAGGGCCAUGUUUAAAUCAGUGUGUUUAGGUGCUAACAUUUUGACAGUGUAGCUUUCUGUGUGAGUGCUAAGAUAUGAAAGGGUGGUCUGCACAAUUUGUGCCUGAUGUUUACCCACGAGGUGACCCUUGACCCCUGGUUUUUAAUGUGCCUUGCUGUCAUUUGUGUGCUCUGAAAAGGCCUUAAUAAUUCUCAGUGGCUCAAUUCAAAGAUGUAUUACUGAUGCUUUGCAGUCAGAUUUGUGGCUACCUCAAAACUUCUUUAAAAAAAAAAUCUCACUGUGUGCGCUGUUGUACACCAGCAUUGUUUCUUGUGAGUUUCUGUGUUUAAGGAGUGUCUUCGCAAGAUUUUCUCCUCCGUGUCGUUGAAGCACUGUUAAAGUCAAUAAUCUCACUUUGUAAAAGAAAGAGUUUGAAAUAAACUCAGUAAAAGAAA